AUGCGCGAGAAGAAGAUGAAGACAUGGAAUAUGGGGUUGAAGUACUUUGAGGAGUUCGUCAAGCGCAACUUCAAUGAGGAGGAACACAAUGAGGUCAACAUACCCUUCCCAGGAUUACCGGACGACGAGGAAGCGGGGCUUGACUCUGGGUUCCUUGUCAUGAGUGCGGAGCAAGUCAAGGAACUAUUCGAUCCGGUAGUCCAAGAAGUUAUAGAUCUGGUGGAAGGUCAAGUCCACAGCAUAAGAGCGAAGGGAGGUCUGGUAUGCGGAAUCGUCCUGGUGGGAGGCUUCGGGCAGAGCAAUUACCUCUACGGUCGGAUGAAGUCCCACUUCAACAGCGCACCUCCACCUCCCUAUACCGAAAGACCAACGCACGCGGUCGCAUUGAAUGCCUCACAGGCAGUCGAGAUAUACCACCCGAUACAUGCGUGGACAGCAGUGGUGCGAGGCGCAGUACUCCGCGGGCUAGAAGGCAAUAUGGUUAUCAGCAGACGAAGUCGCUGGCACUAUGGCACGAGCUACGCGACAGUCUUCGACGAGGCGAAGCAUCCCAUAUCCGACCGAUAUUGGAGUCCGCUCUGGGAGCGAUGGAUGGUGUCCGACCGGAUGCAAUGGCACAUCGCAAAGGGCGCACAAGUCUCCGAAAACCGACCUAUAUCCUUCCACUACACGCGCAACUUCCGGCCUGGUCAAUCCCUCAUUGUAGAAGACGACCUCAUAGCCUGCGACGCGGACACAGCGCCCGACUCCUUUAAGAAGGGUCUUAUCAAUGUCUGCACACUGACCACGGACUUGAACACGGUGCCGAAGAGCUUGUUUACGCGAUUGACGACGACGAAGGGGGUGGAGUUUGAUAAUCUGGAUUUUACGCUGGAUAUGCGGUGUGAGAGUGCGGGGUUGGUGUUCGAACUGAAGGUUGAUGGGGUGAGGUACGGGGGUGUUAGUGCAAAGUUUCAUUGA